CUCCGUCUCUGAGCGGGGAACGGGCGGGCCCGGGGCCCCUCCCCGCCAUGUCGCGCCUCAUCGUGAAGAACCUGCCGAGCGGGAUGAAGGAAGAUCGCUUCCGGAAGCUGUUUGCAGCCUUUGGCACGCUGACUGAUUGCAGCCUGAAAUUCACCAAGGAUGGCAAGUUCCGCAAGUUUGGAUUUAUUGGCUUUAAGUCCGAAGAUGAAGCUAAAAUGGCAAUGAAUCAUUUCAACAAAAGUUUCAUAGACAUGGCCAGAAUCACGGUAGAGUUCUGUAAAUCAUUCGGUGACCCAUCGAAGCCCAGAGCUUGGAGCAAACACUCCCAGAAGCCUUCUGCACCAGAGAAACCCGCCGAUAAGCCCAAAACGAGUCCAGCUCCCACGGAGACAAAGAAAGAUAAAAAGAAGAAAAAUACAACCGGAAACUUAAAAGAGCUGGAAGGAGAUGAGGCAUUCAGAGAAUUUUUGGUGGUUCAUCAAAAACGGACUCAAGUGGCCACUUGGGCUAAUGACAUGUUGGCGGAGGAGCCCAAGACUGGGAAAUCGAAGCCGGUGGAUGAUUAUCUGAACUUUGACUCGGAUGAGUCAGAGGAGCUCAGCGAAGAGGAGGAGGGCAGGGGCAAGCGCCACAAGGAGCACGAAACCGCAGGCACCAAAAUAAAGAAGAGCCCCAGAGAAAAGGCAGCUGCCAGGACAGAGCUCUCCGAUAUGGAUUACCUGAAAUCUAAAGUGGUGAAAGAUUCCUCGUCUUCCUCAUCCGAGGAGGAGAGUGAGGAGGACCAGCUGGACAGUGAGCAGCAUGAGGGGGGAAGCGAGGAUGAGAAGGAGCCCAGCAGCUUGGAAACUGUCGGUGCCCAGGUGGAAAAAGGGGCAGAGCUGGAAGGACAGAGCAAAGGGCAGGGGACAGUGGUGGAGAGGAAGAAGAAGAAAGGAGCAACAUUGGAGCUGAAGAAUCGGGCCAACCCCAAUGUAGCCACCACGCCGUACACAGUGAAGCUGCGCGGUGCCCCGUUCAAUGUCACUGAGCAAAACGUUCGAGAAUUCCUCUUGCCCCUGAAGCCGGUGGCAAUCAGGAUAGCAAGAAACGUACAUGGGAAUAAGACAGGUUACGUCUUUGUUGAUUUCAACGGCGAGGAAGAAGUACAGAGAGCCUUGAAACGAAACAAGGAAUACAUGGGUGGGCGCUACAUUGAGGUGUUCCGAGAGGAGAGUGGGCUGAAGAUGAAGCUCACCCGGAAGGGCGAAGACCAGCCCUGGCAAAGGAGGAAGAAGGCUGAUGAGGAAGAGGAGGACCUCUCGGAGUCAGGAAGGCUCUUUGUCAGGAAUCUCCCUUACACUAGCACCGAGGAGGACUUGGAGCAAAUAUUUUCCAAAUAUGGUCCCCUGUCCGAGAUCCAUUUCCCCAUAGACAGUCUGACCAAGAAACCCAAGGGAUUUGCCUUCAUCACCUACAUGAUCCCGGAGCAUGCAGUGAAGGCCUUCGCAGAAGUGGACGGGCAGGUGUUUCAGGGCAGGAUGCUGCAUGUGUUACCUUCCACCAUAAAGAAGGAAGAAGGGGAGAACCUAGAUGCUGAAGGAUCCUCUUCCUACAAGAAGCAGAAAGAGUCCAAGGACAAAGCAAACAGUGCCAGCUCUCACAACUGGAACACGCUGUUCAUGGGCACGAACGCUGUGGCAGAUGCAAUCGCACAGAAGUACAAUGCCACCAAGAGCCAAGUGCUUGAUCACGAAGGCAAAGGCAGCGUGGCCGUGAGGGUAGCUCUGGGCGAAACCCAGCUAGUCCAGGACGUCCGCCAGUUCCUGAUGGACAAUGGAGUCAGCCUGGAUUCCUUCAGUCAGGCUGCUGGAGAACGGAGUAAAACUGUGAUCCUAGUGAAGAACCUCCCUGCCGGCACUAAAGUGGUGGAGCUGGAGGAGGUCUUUGGCCCACAUGGCAGCCUCGGGCGAGUGCUGCUCCCGGAAGGAGGGAUCACAGCCAUUGUGGAAUUCUUGGAGCCCACGGAGGCCAAGCGAGCCUUCACCAAGCUGGCCUACUCCAAGUUUCAGCACGUCCCUCUGUAUCUCGAGUGGGCUCCCAUGGGUGUCUUUUCCUGCCCACCCCCUGAGAAGAAACAGCCUGAGAUUCCAGGAGAGGAAGGAGAAGCCAGGCUGGGAACUGCUGGUGAUGAAACUGAGGAAGCUAAAAAGGGCUCAGAAAAAAUAGCAGUAGAUGAGGAGGAGGAGGAGGAGGAGGAGGACGAGGAGAGUGUUCCAGGAUGUACUCUGUUCAUCAAAAACCUCAACUUUGCCACCACAGAAGAUACGCUGAAGGAGAUGUUUUCCAAAGUGGGAGCUGUGAAGAGCUGCACAAUCUCAAGGAAGAAAGACAAAGCAGGCACUUUUCUUCCUAUGGGCUUUGGAUUUGUGGAGUACAAGAAACCAGAGCAUGCUCAGAAAGCCCUCAGACAGCUCCAGGGUUGCUCAGUAGAUGGCCAUCAGCUGGACGUGAAGAUCUCCGAAAGGGCCAUCAAGCCCACUGUGACACCAUCCCGCAAAAAACAAACGCUCAAGAAGCAAAAGAGCUCCAAGAUUUUGGUCCGAAAUAUCCCAUUCCAGGCAACCGUGAGGGAAAUCAGAGAGCUGUUCAGCACCUUUGGAGAGCUGAAGACCGUCCGCCUGCCAAAGAAAAUGGCUGGGACAGGAUCUCACCGUGGCUUUGGAUUUGUGGAUUUCCUCACCAAACAGGAUGCCAAGAAAGCCUUCAACGCCCUGUGCCACAGCACACACUUGUACGGCAGGAGGCUGGUCUUGGAGUGGGCUGACACGGAGGAAACAGUGGAGGCCCUGAGACGGAAAACAGCUGAGCAUUUUCACGAUUCCCCAAAGAAGAAGAAGCGUGCUGUGGCUUUGGACGAAAUCCUGGAGCAGCUGGAGGAGGACGGGGAUGACGAUGCAGGCGACUAGCAGACUCAUCGGCUGCUGUUUGGAGUCUGAGGGUCGUCUGCUGAUGGACACAGAGAGAGCGAGUGGCAUCCAUCCACCUCUGUAUUCUGCAACCAAGAAGAUUUGUUGCCAUCUGAACCUGCUACGCCAGGCCUUUAAACCAGAGGACCAAUUCUUGCUUCAGACACAGGUCUGGUAGCCAGGUCUCUUUAAACCCAAAAGGGAAAUGCACCUUGAAUCCGCAGGUGGAAGACGAGCCUUUUUCAUCUGCGAGCAACGCAUGCCAGUCCGCGUGCACCUGUGGAAGGCCCCGUUAAACCAGAGAAGGAUUUCAGGCUAGAACAUUAACUCCUUCACCUCAGCGAGGUGCACCCCCACCAGCAUUGCAAUCUGGGGAGCUGGCCCUUCAGAUGGAGAACGCUACCCCCCAAGGGAACAUCAGUCGCUCACUUUUGUAACUGAUUGUUCCCACUGCUUGAAUAAUUUAAAAAACAUCCGUGUA